AUUUCCUAAAUUAUAUUUCUGGAAGAGAGUUUGAGAGUUAACAAGGAAGACAGAAAAUCAGAAAUGGCUGCUCCAGGAAAAUGCUUUCUCGUCUCUGGACCUCCCGGAGUGGGCAAAACAACUUUGAUAAUCCGAGUGCUGGAGAGCCUUAAACAAUCUAAUCCCAGCUUAAAGGUCCAAGGCUUCUACACUCGCGAGGUGAGAGAAGGUGCAGAAAGGAUAGGCUUUGAAGUUGUUACUCUCGAUGGUCGUAAGGGUCUUCUUUCUUCCACCAAAAUUUCUAGCCCGGAGUCUCAUAGGUGGCCCACAGUGGGGAGGUACAGAGUUGACAUAGCAUCGUUUGAGUCAUUAGCAGUACCUGAAUUACAGGUUAAGGAAGAUACCGAUCUGUUUAUCAUUGAUGAAGUUGGUAAGAUGGAGCUGUUCAGUUCAUCAUUCUUCCCUGCUGUAUUAAGAGUGCUUGAAUCAAAUAUCCCACUGUUGGCUUCUGUCCCCAUCCCAAAGUCAGGCAGAGAUAUACCUGGAGUUGCUAGGUUGAAAAACCAUCCAGGAGCUAGCCUUUAUACAUUGAACACAACCAACAGGGAUGCUAUGAAGGAGCAAAUUUAUUCCCAUUUGAUAGACAUACUACAAAAUCAUUAGAUCUUGUUGAGGUAUGAUAGUCGAGCUUAAGCUGUCGAUUCAGCAAGAAGGGUCCUGUGCCUUUUUACAAAAAAUUGUGGUCCUUGCCAUUUCCCCUCUGGGAACAUUUUGUUAUAUUAGAUAGUAACUUUUAUCCAAUGACAUGCAGUGAUAUGUUUGAUAUUGGGUUUAAUUUUGUAAUAUUGUCCAAAAGAGGUACAAUUUUACUUCUUCAUUUUGGUUGUUAACUGGCAGGCUAAAUCAAGUGUUCGCAUUUUACUA